GGGCGCAGCGGGCGGCGCGCUGGCAGCGCACACUGAGCCCGCUCGCCACGCCGACGGCAUGCGAGCUCCUGCGCGCGAACCCGCGCAUCGCGCAAGCUGCGCGACUCGCCUGCUGCUGCCGCUACUGGUGCUGGUCACCGCCGCCUCUACCACAUCUGCCACCAGACACCUGCCCCUACAACAUCAGACUUACAUAUUGUGCACACAACCUUCACACCCGUGUGUCGCCUGGCCCGUGGCGGCUGGACUCGAGGAUGCUGCGAGGUGGGACCUGCCGACGGCAGAGACGUGCGGCCUUCUGCAGACUUCCGACAUCGAAGCGCCACCGGCUCACUAUACGAUAAAGGCGUUGUACAAUGAAGAAGUUAGGAACGUGUUCUGCGAUGCCGUGAUUAUAACAGAGGAGUUUGAAGCGGAGGCUACGAGAGUAAGUGAGCAGAGCCGCGUGCGCCGGCAGACGGUGGGAGCGCCCCGCGGCCGGUAUCGCGGACAGACACAGUCUCAGUACCUCGCUGUGGACCGCGACGGCAAGGACGAGGGAAAGGCGGAGGCCCAUUCUGCAGCUGACUCCUCGCGCGCCAGCGUCAGUGGUAACAGCGGAAUGGGACAAGCGCAAAGUCAGUCAAUGUACGAACCUUCGUGCGAUGAUUGUUAUGGUAAUGUCGGUACGGUAGUGGCUGGUAUGAAAAAGCAUCCCCAAGGAACCAAUGGCUUUAGUGCAUUUGGACCGGGACAAAACGGCGGCCCUGGAUGGGUUGGACCUCCCAACAGUGGAAGCUCUGUAGGAACUACUUACGUAAACAAUCAAAAUGCUAAACCAGGCUUAGAAAAUUACGGAAGACCCCACCCUUCUGCACCGAGCUAUGAGAGGGGAUACGGUGUUCCAACUGGUGGAAAUGGUUUAACUCCUGGAGGAGUGGUAGGUCCCACCCAAGGUCGGAAUCAAAAUAUUUACCCAGUCUCGGGUGGCACGCCACUUAGUCAAGGAGAACCACAAAGUUCAUAUCGCCCAGGAUUAGGUGGUCCCAUGACACAGUAUGGCCCGAAUCAGCAAGGAAAUGGAGGAUAUGGCUCAAAUCAGCAAGUUGGACCGAGGGAUAAUGCUAGACCGGAACAAGGGAACAGAUAUGGUAGUGAUUCAGGCGGUUAUGGACCAGGACAAAUUGGAACUCCAGGAGGCGGUGGAAAUUACCCACCAGGAAGUCUGAUGAGUGCACCAGGUCGAGGGGGGUUAGGUCCUGCACAGCCAGGAGGUAUUAUGAGUAAUGGUGCGUCACUGCCGAAUCAAAUCGGUUUACCGGGACAGGUCUAUAAUCAAAUGGAACAAAGAGGUCCCGGUUACGGACCAGGUGGCUCAACUCAUGGUGGUUACGGACCUGGUAAAAAUGGUGCGCUUACACCAAACAUCAAUAGUGGACCUCUACAUGCUGGUCCUAACAAUGUUAUCCCUGGCAAUCAAGGACAGAGUGGUACCUACAAUCCCAAACAGACUGGUGUUCCGAAUGGACUCGGUGGAUCUACAUCAGGGGGUGUUACGAAUCCUCAAGGUGUAAAUAGUAACCAAGGCGGCGUUCCUGGGUAUGGUUCUAGCCCCGGAACUGCAGGCAAUAAUAUGAAUCCCGCCCAAGGAGGAAAUUGGCCGAUUGCAUCAUACAGUCCAGGCAGUUCACCUUACUUUUGUUGCGUCGUCGGUCCCGAUGGUAAAAUAAUACCUGCGGGAGGAUCACCCUUUAAUAGAGGCAUAGGCAAUCCGUAUCCGAAUAUUAAUAAUCAAUAUGGAUAUAGUGGGUUGAUUCCAGGAAGUACGGAUCAAAGCAAAGGCCUAAGCAACAUGCCAGGUCAAAGUCCUUACGGAAUUAGUGGCUCUGGUAAUGGUGUAAAUAGCUUUGGAAUAGGACAAGGAAAUAAUUAUGGCCCUAGUCAAGGUCCUGGAAACUUCAUAACAGGAACAGGACAAGUACCUCAAGGGGGUAGUCCUGAUCGCGGUACAAUUUCUGGUAGUGGAAAUUACGUACCGAACCGAAAUUUAGGAAGUUUUAGCCCUGACACUACUGGAGGUGGAGGAAGUUUUGCACCCAAUCUCAUAGGUACUGACCAAACAAGACCUAGUAUAGGAGGAACUCCCAUGGCUGGUACCGGUUAUCACACGAAUAAUGGCUUGGGCCCUAACGUACCAAAUUCAGGUAUGAGCUACGGCCCUGUAGGCAAUGGUGGACCAGGAACUGGAGGAUAUAGCCCAAUUGGAGGAACUGGAGAAAUCAAACAAUACAUACCAGGUCAAAUCGGUAUUCCCGGUGGCGAGGAUACUUAUGUACACGGACAGGGAGGUAUACCGAUGGCGAAUAGAAACUUCGGGUCGGGCUCACCAGGGGACAGUAGUAGUUAUGUGCCAGGGCAAGACGGCAGACCAAGUACAGGCGGAAAUUUCGGGCCCGGACAGGGUAAUAAUUUGGGAGGAGUUGGUUAUGGUCCCGGCCAGGUUAGUGCACCGGAAAAUAUUCGAAGUUACGAGCCAGGCCAAAUUGUUGGUCCCGGAGGCGGUGGUUACAGGGUUAGUCCCGGUGAUGGGACGAGAUUCUAUAACACCUAUGGACCGCAUAAAAGCGGUGUACCGGGAGGGGCUGGUAUCGGAACAGGUUCCGGUGAUAAUCCUCAAAGUGGAAGUGGAACUUACGGACCAGGACAAACCAAUGGAAUGGGAGGAGGUAAUAUUGGAUCCAAUAUGGGUAGCCAUCCAGGUUCCACAGGAAGCUUUAGUACUGGUCAAAAUGUUGGUCCAGAAACCAUUGGUUAUGGAAAUUAUGGCCCGGGACAAAAUGGUGGAUCUGGGGUAUACAUUCCGGGAUCAAGUAAUGGCAUGGGUAAUUAUGGACCGAGUGGUGUUGGUCAGGUUCAAAAUGGUCCAGUUGGUGCAGGUCCUUAUGGGUCUUAUCAAGGUGGUCAAGGAUCUUAUCCCCAGGGUCAACCUAGUGUAAGUGGUAUAGGAAGCUACCAGCCAGGUCAGAGUGGCAAACCUGGUGAGAGCUACGGUUCAGUUGGAGUACCUGGUGAUGGUGGAAGAUAUAGCAAUGGACAACCUAAUUACGGAACAGACUUUACAGAUCGGUACGGAGGUGGCGUAGGUGGAAAUGGAUACAACGCAAGGUAUCCGGGACUAAACAAUGAGUACAAUGGCAUUCCCCAAAACUUCACAGAUGUGGGAAAUCUUGCAGACGGAGACGAUUCAGAGGCUGAAGCGAGCGUAUCUCAAGCCGCUAAUGGCACAACAGCCAGCGCUACCUCCAGGGGCGGAAAUGACAAAGGCCGCGCUCAGACAAACGUACAUGGCACUUACACCGGAAGCGGUUCUUUUUCAGCCCAAGCACAAAUAACUGGAGAAAACAAAGAAGCCGAAAGCCAAGUUACUGGAGGGAAAAAAGGGGCGUCUAGUUCCGCACAAGGAAGUGGUCGGAAUAACAAAUCUCAAGCGAAUGUGCAAUUGGGCUCAGAAACGGGUUCAGUCCAAACACAAUCUCUGACAAGUGGGGCGUAUCAUUCAUCUAAUUCCCAAGUUCAAGGGAGUGUAAAAGGUGGCAUGGCGGACGCCCAGGCCCGUGGUCCAGGAAGCACGUCAUCACAGGCUCAAAUUGGUUUCACACCAUAUAAAGAUGGCGACAAAUCUCACGACACGCAGAAGAUACCAUUUGUCGGCGGAGGCGUCGCUUCAGCUCAAUCGAGCGGGCGAACGGGACAGUCGCAAUCACAACUCCAUGGCACCUUUAGGUACGGUAUCACAUACAACGGAGCCGCACAGGCGGGCGCCAGCAUUGACAAAGAUGCAGUGUUUCCAAAUCGCUUAUCAUUUGAUAAAAUAGAUGUGUUUGACGAAAGUGAAAAAAAUAUUAACGUCGAUACUGAAAAAACAACCGAGUUGGAUACACCAGCACCCGUCGACACCACUCCUUCUGUCGAAUUAGUGCCAUCGGAGGAAUCUCUUCCUGCGCUCGACGAGAGCUCGACUGAGGGCGGAAUGACAGCGUUGGAUACAGAAGACACAGAAGACGAAACCGUAAAAAACGACGAGACCCUAAAGAAUUCUGAAACGAGAUACUCCAGCCAUACCCAUCUCGAUCACCACAAGACAAACGGUGCGGCGGCGCCAUCGGCCUCGACCGCCGGAGUCACUCGCUCCUUCCAAUCGCGGUACGGGAGCAACGGCGGCGAAUACGAGUACACGACGGACAGAGAGGAUGCGCCGACCGACGAGUACGACAGUACGGACGGUGCGGAAGAGGAACAGGGCGAAUACAGCAACUACGAUGACAUACCGAGAGAUACGCUAACGCAUCAGUCGCUGCAGGCGCCGCGUAAGACGCUCGAUGUGCGGCAGACGACCGGCGGCAACACGCAGCACAUCGUGCUCGGCACGCUCGACGGUCACGACGCGGCGAUCACCCAGAAGAGCUCCGAGCGGCCCGACGAGAGCAGGACGUACCAGCCGGGGGAGCGGGUGCCGGGUACAGGCGGCUACACGAUACCGGCGGGUUUCACGGGCAGCGUCAAGUCGGUCGCCUCCAAGGAGAGGACUUACGUUGUGGGGUCGCGCGAGUCCCCGUCGCAGGCGCAGACGGUGACCUUGACGCCUGGCAGCGGGCGCAUCCGGUACGCCCCCUCGGCGGGCUACGGGCGUGUGGGCGCGAGCCAGCUGCGCUCACUGGCGCGCCCUCGCGGUGAUCCCUACGUCUCCGUCUCUAAAUCGGUGGCGCGCGACCUCGACGCGGACGAUCACGUGCGCAAGCAGUACUCCCACUCCUACUACACCAAGUCCUCCUCAUGCGGCUUCUUCACUUUCACCUGCACCAUGGUGAGCGACGCCGAGGGCAAGAAGAAGGUCUGCCGCCCCAAGAUACCCACCAACCCCGACGGCACGCCUAUCAAGUGUUGACAUCGUGUAUAAUGUCAUCAUAAGUUUAGUUCUAUUUUAAUAUUAAGUAGGUAAUAAUUAGUAUUAUGAUUGUAUAAUUUCUGUAGCCAAUUAAACUAUUCAAAUGAGCGCAUCAACAUUUGUACAUGUCAUAUUUUGUCUAUGUUGUUGAUAAUAUAAGAAAAUGAAAUAAAUAAAAACUUCAGUUUAACUACAUCGUCUGAAAUGUAAUCAAUGAGGGCAAUAAAAGGCUCAAGGGGAAGUAAUAAGAUUUAUUUAUAUAUAAUUUAGGUAGAUUUAUGUAUCGUUUCAAUAUAUGUUUAUUGAUCACACUAAUAAGUGAUGUGGAUAACAAGUGGUGCAUGGGCCGCCCUCCCCUCGCCCCCCAAAUCUCCACACCCCUCACCUAAUAUAUCAUAAAGGAGAAUUUCUUAACUAUGAAUAGAAUAUUGAAGAAACUUUGGUAUUUAUUUUGUGAUCAUUGGACACUUUACAUAAAACUAGUUGUAGGAAUAGGAACAAUGUGACGUGGCACAAUUAUAUUGUAUUUUAUUCAAUCUAUUUUGAUUCAUAUAAAACCUUAAUAAUUAUUGUGCAGAAGUAAAUAAAUACCUUUGUAAUUUU